AUGGGAGCCAAGCUGCUCUGCCUCUUCCUCGCCUCUGCCCUCACUGCUUACUACAUCUACACCCCCCUCCCCGAGGACAUCGAGGAGCCCUGGAAAGUGAUGCUCGUCACGGCUGGCUUCAGGGCUGUCGGGCAUCUGGCUGAGGUCGCCGAUCAGCUGGGUCUGAUGCACUACAUGGAAGCUCUGAUGCUGAUCACGUCUGCCGAGUACGUCGCACCCACGUCCGAUGAAAACGUCACUGUGAUGGACACCGAGUUCAGCAACGUUGCCGUCCGUCUGUACCUGCCCAGAAAGGCGUCUGACGGGCUGAGGAGGGCGGUGGUCUACUUCCAUGGCGGAGGAUGGUGCGUCGGACAGGCAGGUAUGAAAGGCUACGAUUACCUGACAAGGCAGACUUCGCACAGGUUAAAUGCUGUCGUGGUAUCAGUCAACUACAGGUUGGCACCUCAACACCAUUUCCCCGUUCAGUUUGAAGAUGUGUAUUCUGUAACGAAGUUCUUCCUCCAGAGCAGCGUCCUCUCCCAGUACGGGGUGGACCCAGACCGGGUCUGUGUUGCAGGAGACAGUGCAGGUGGCAACUUAGCUGCGGCUGUGGCACAGCAGCUGUUAGAGGACUCUGAAGUCAAAACUAAACUCAAAGUCCAGGCUCUAAUUUACCCUGCUCUCCAAGCCCUUGACCUGAAUUUACCAUCUUACCGACAGAAUGAAAACAAGCCCAUUUUGCCCAAGUUGCUUAUGGUCAAGUUCUGGAGUGAAUAUUUCACUUCUGAUUUGUCUCUCCGGGAAGCGAUGGCCUCCAACAGGCAUGUCCCGCUUGAAUCCAGCCACUUAUUUCAGUUUGUCAACUGGAGCAAUCUGCUGCCUGAAGAGCUGAAGAAGGAUCACGUUUACACCAGUCCCACCUAUGGAAGCCCUGAGCUCGCACGGAAGUACCCAGGGUUUCUGGACCUGAGGGCGGCCCCGCUGCUGGCGAGCGAUGCCCAGCUACGUGGGCUGCCCCUCACCUACCUCCUCACCUGCGAGCACGACGUCUUACGGGAUGACGGAGUCAUGUAUGCCAGGCGCCUCCAGGCAGCAGGUGUUCCCAUCGUGCAUGACCAUGCCAAGGACGCCUUUCACGGGGUGAUGAUGUUUGUCUUGAGCCCAGUCAACCUAGCGGUAGGGCACCGGCUGCUGAACAGAUACAUUGAGUGGUUGAACGAGAAUUUGUGA